AGCCCAGCAGCAGCAGCAGUCACCAGUCAGUCCACUACUAGCCUUGGUUGGCUUGCCUUCAGAGGGCCACUGCUAGCAUGGCCACCGAGGAGCUGGCCAGCAAGCUGCACCGCAGGCUGCAGGUGGGCGAAGAGGGGCAAGAAGAGGGCCCUCCCAAUGGGCAGCCCCCCGAGGAAGCCCAGCCCCAGCAGCAGGAGCAGGAGCAGGAGGAGAGCAGGCUGGGCGCCGGGGCCGACGGGGAGCUGGGUGCCAAGCUGCUCCAGCGCCGCUCCUCCCCGCAGCACUCGCCCAAAGGAGGAGGCCAGCAGCAUCCGCGGGUCUUCAGCCCCUACACCGAGUUCCGAGAGUUCUCCCGGAGGCAGAUCAAGCAGAUGGAGGGCCUCUUCCGAGAGUACGAUGCUGGGAAGGAUGGCUUCAUUGACCUGAUGGAGCUGAAGCUGAUGAUGGAGAAACUCGGUGCUCCUCAGACGCACCUUGGACUGAAAAACAUGAUCAAGGAGGUGGAUGAAGACUUCGAUGGGAAACUCAGCUUCCGGGAGUUUCUCCUGAUCUUCCGGAAAGCCGCGGCGGGCGAAUUGGAGGAAGACAGUGGCCUGCAUGCUUUGGCCCGGCUGUCAGAGAUCGAUGUCUCGACAGAAGGUGUCAAGGGGGCCAAAAGCUUCUUCGAGGCCAAAGUCCAAGCCAUGAACGUCACCAGCCGCUUUGAAGAAGAGAUCAAGGCAGAGCAAGAGGAGAAGCGGCGCCAGGCGGAGGAGAUGAAGCAAAGGAAAGCGGCCUUCAAAGAGCUCCAGUCGGCGUUCAAGCAAUGACCGCACAAGAUGGGGCCGGAGCGGUACUUGGGGCCAAAGCACUCCCAGAGGAGUCCUCCCGCUGAAAAUGGGGAGCCGUUGGAAAUGGCUGGCGGCAGUUGGGUUCCCAUCUUUGUGCCUUGAACAGCCGUUUGAUCCGCUCACACGGAGGCAUCGCCUUCGUCCUCCAGAAGCAUCGCAGAUCGAGCGGCCGCUGAAGGCACAAGCAUGGGCCAGGGGUUUCCUGGUUAGUUGGCGGCUCUGCAUAGUUUGCUGGAAAGAACUGCAUCUGAAUCUUGGAGCCUUUCAGGCUUUUCCGCCUCUGAAACCAUCCCUCUUUGCCUUGCGCUGUUUUUCAUUGGCCUGUAAAUAACUGCAGGGGGAAGAUAGAAAUCCCUCAUCCGCAUGUCUGUGGGCCAGUGCUGUAUUUUUCCCUGUGAAUGAUGUCUCUUUGUCUGGUGGGCGUUCUCUAACCAUUGGUGUGUCUUGAACCCAGGCAUUGCACAUCUGACUUGUGUGUCAUGUUAUAUACCAGCCAAUGGUACGGUGAUCACUGUGGUCAUAAUGUGAAGUCGAAGGCUUUCACGGCCGGCAUCCGUAGUUCUUUUGUGGGUUUUCUGGCUGUGUGGCCAUGCUCUAGAAGAGUUUAUUCCUGGUGUUUCGCCAGCAUCUGUGGCUGCCAUCUUUGGAGAAUGCAUUCUCUAAAAAUGCUAGCGAAACGUCAGGAAUAAACUCUUCUAGAGCAUGGCCACACAGCCAGAAAAACCCAUAAGAAACUAUACAGUUCUAGGAGGCAAAGCACUGUGGCGGUUUGUGGCUUCCAUGUCAGUGGGGCAAUGAAUCCAUUCCAGGACUUUAAAGGAGCUAUCCAAGCUGUUGCUGAACUAUGGCUAGCAUUCUAUUAGUGCAAAUGUAAGUCCACCUUACACUUAUGUACAGUAUGCAGUCAGCCCUCUGCAUUUGCACCUUUGCCUUUUGUGGAUUUGAUUAUUUGUGGUUUGGAUUACUAUAUUUUUUCUAGGUAUCUCUCAGUCUUCCCGCGCAACUCUGCCAGACGUUGACCAUAGAGUUGGCCUGGAGAACCUAGGAGUUCCCAAAGAAAACACUUCUCUAGGCAUUUGUAGGUCCUUCAGCAUGAUUCUAGGAUCAACCUCUGCCAGACGUUGAGCAUGGAGUUGCACUGGAAGAUCUGGAGAUAUUCUUUCAGGCAAAAAGAAGAGCGGGGUUUUUUUAAUCUGCAGUUCUUUUCACAUCCGCGGGGGUCUUUAAACCCAGAGAUAAGGGUUUCAUGUUUAAGUCUAGAAAUACUAGUCAAAAAAUUGGCCCCAAAAAACUGAGUCAAUUUGUUCAUGGCUCUAUUGAAGAACUAACUCAUAGAUAUGAUGAUAUGAUAUAUACAGUAUGAGUUAGCUUUCAGGACAUAUACUCUUGUCUUUCACCUUUUACCAUCCCCUGGUAAAAGGCAAGAGUAUAAUAUGUCCUGAAAGCACUGGCAUCCUCAGUCACCCAGCCUUUUGUGUGAGCACAAAUAGUGCCAUAAUUUUAUAAGGUGUUUUUUUAGCAUUAUUUUCCUUUGCUUUGUCCUUUCCUUUGCUUUUACAUCCUUCCUUCCGUGCACCUAGGUUUUACCCUCGACUUCAUAUCAAAAUCCAUAAUUUUGACCCCAAAGCCUGCCCUCGACUUAUACGUGAGGUUGACUUAUAGUCAAGUAUACAGUAUGUAAUUUUUUGAUAGCUGAGGAGGCUGAUAUGCUCUUCCUAUCUCUGCGAUGUCCAAAGAUAACUUCCUGGGCUCACAGUUGCAUCCGAUAGACCUCCUUCCACAGCUAUUCCAUGCUGGAGGAGAGCAAGGAGGAACAGGAGAAGCGUCCGUCUAUGUUCCUGUACCCAGAUGCAAUUUGGAGACAUCAUCCAUUUGUACUUGUAGCAGAUGGCGGUGCAACGUAUCCUCAGUUUGCAUCUGGCUAUGUUCCUAUGUUCAGAUGCAAACUGAAGACAUCUCUCACCAAUGUCAGCUAUGGUCCUUCAGAGGUCUCCGUGGAUGAUAGGAACAUAGCCAGGCUGUCUCUGAUCUUUCUCGCUCUUCGCCACGACACGACGGAGGACUAUCAAAGUGUAGUUGCAAAUCCUGAGGGUUGCAAGACAACAAAGUUCCAUAUUUUGCAACUCUGAUGCUAUUCUCAGCCAUGUUGAAUCUCAGCCUAUGUCCCCCCAAACUAGGUUCAGCAGCAUGGAGAGCUCUUUCCAAGAUACCUGAGGAAGAGGUAGGAUACAAAUACAAUAUUAUUAGUAUAAUUAUUACUACUACCUGGAAUGGAUUCCUCACCCCACCGACACGAAGGGCACCAACAGCCACUGGCAGUGGGUACCAAAGGGACCCCCUCCGUCUGACAGAUGGUAGUUGUGCAAAAAAGAAAAGGUACAGCUCUUGCGUGUACACAAUCUCUUCCAGAGAAGAAUGCUUUAAUGGUUCACUUUAAAAAGCCCUGUGCUUGAAGCGUUGCCAAAUAAUAAUAAUAAUACUGGGGCAGGGAGAGAAAUGUAAAAAAGCAAUGGGAUGUAGCAGUUGUGAGCGGCCAGCAGAAUGAUGUCUCUUCCCUUCUCUUUAUCCUCGCUCAACUUAGUGGUGGCACCUUGGACCGUCUGAUGUGUCCAAAGUUAUUAUCUGAGUGGGAAAAGGUUGGGAUGCUGCUCGCCAUGCUACUAUCUCUAUCACACACCCCAAACAUUGGAAGCACCUUUGUGCAACCAUAUCUCAGCCCAAACGGUGACGGCAAGUGCUGUCGCAUCUCUUCCCGUCUCCAUUUUGGCUAAAUAUGGGGUAUUUUUGGUGCAUGGACGGGCAGGGAUACCCAUGGGAUCCGGUUGGCACAACUGGCCUUUUAUAAAGUCCAUCCA